UGACCAUUUGCUUGCGUCAAACUUACAGUGCGACUGUUGCAUAAAUAGGUUGCAGACAGAGCAUAUCCACCACAUCCAUUCAUAAAAUAGUAAAACGGACAUAGUGGUGUUCCACAAACACCCACCACAAUGUGGAAAGGAUAAAAUCAAACAACAGAUUUCAUCACACUUGUUGUUUCAAAUUCCCACUACAAAAUUCAAACCAUACAACUGUUCACUGUGCAUUUUUUCUUAUUCUCAUGCUUGUAAUGAUGACCUGCAAUUACUCCACUACCUAGCUAUCCAAGGUUAUAAAUGGAUUCCAAAACCUAGAAACAAAAAAGCCAAAAAAAACUUAUUCCUUUUCUCCGCAUUAAAAAAGACAAUCCACUUUUCCAGCCUUUCGAGACACAACUGUCACCACGAGAUUUAUAGCGGACCAGGGUGGAUUUGGUGAGCUAUUAAUACUGCUCUUCGAUUCCGCUUUAAAUCUCAUUAAACUCUGCACCCGUAACCCACCAACCCAUCUCCUAAACCGCCCCUUCAUUUACUCUCAAAACCCACAUUGGGUUUCUCUGCACUUGAAUCUUUGCUCAGGUUUCUCUAAUGGCGGGGCAAAGGAGCAGAUUCAUGGCGGUGACUGUGAGUUGGGUUUUGGUUGUUUUGGUGUUAGCAGAAAUGGGUUGUGCUCAGGAACCUACUCCAUCACCGUCUUCUGGAGGAUGUGAUGAUACUGUGUCAAAUUUGUCGCCCUGCUUGACGUAUAUCAUGGCAAAUGAUUCAACACCUCCUGCAAAGGACUGUUGUAGUGGGUUUGCGAAGGUGGUUAAUGGGAAUAUAGUUUGUCUCUGUGGUUUACUGGGAAGCAGCAAUAACUAUGGCAUUACUAUUAAUCUGACUCGUGCAGCUGCCCUGCCUGCUGCUUGCAAGGUUAAAUCCCCUCCGAUCAGUGCAUGUGCUGCUCUGGCACCUUCUCCCACCUCCAGCUCCUCCUCUGGUGUGGGCUCUCCAACAGCCGGGUCGAAUACUGUCACCCCAGGUCUAAGUCCCUCUGCAGCUACAGGAGCCGCAGGCAUUUUCAGGCCAUCUCCAUCCACUGUUUUUACGGCUCUACUUUUAGCUGGAGUUGCACAAGUGCUUAUUUGAGUUCCUACUCCUAGUUAUAUCUUUCUUCCGGACUGUUAUUUUCACUGUAAUUCCAGCUUUCUUAGACUAUUAUAGGCAAACUAGUUUAGCGGAUUUUUUAGUUGGUUGUGGCUUUUCAUUUAGCUGAAAAUGCUGCAGAAUAUAAAAAGGGAUUUUAUUCCUGGAUAUUCGUGUAUCCUGACCUGUCAGGACAUAUCUGUUUUUAAUCUGAUCACGGAAGUUCAUUCCGUGUGGACUUAAAAUCUUAUUUAAAAAGAAACAAAAAAAAGGCGCGUUUUAAGGCUCA